AUGCAUUUCCCUGGGUUGAGAUGUUGUAUGCUUUGCAUAGGCAACAUGGAUCCAAAGCAAAUGUGGAAUUAUGUGAAUUCUCCUCCAGGAGGAACUAGUGCAGCUUGCCUUGUGAUUUCAAAACUACUACUCCUGGCUCUUCCCAUUGCUCAGAUUGCAAUAGGUGCAGUAUAUCUCCAAGACUGUCCCCAGCAGCACUAUAUCCCAGUGUAUGUGCUGGUAUGUGGAGUGUUUAGUGUACUUCUGGCCUUGUUGUCUUGUCUGCCCUGCGCCAGGGAGACGGAGGAAACAAAUCAUACUAUGCUCAGCCUCAUCUGCACUGUGUGGAAUGCUCUGGUUUCUACCUUCUUGUUCUGCUGGCUGAUCAGUGGCAGUGUGUGGAUUUACUCUAUUUACCCUCCUAACUACAACCAAACCCUGGCUGAAGUUCCCUACUGCAAUAAGACUCUCUACUUGUUUGCAUUCUGGACCACCACUCUGGGAUAUGUUCUGUUAGGUGUGGCACUGUUGCUCGGAUGCUGUUCCUGUAUCUGUACUUGCAUUUGUGGAUUAGCAAAAGGUUAAAAAAAAAACUCUGUGGGCCACCGUAAAAGUGCAGUUAGCGAUUUCUGAGAAACACUGCUGAUAUUUGAAAUCAACCCAAACAAACACACCACCCUUCAUUGCUCUGCCCCCAAAAUGCACGAACACACAGUGAAAGAGUGGAUGUCUCUUUAUCAUAACUGAAGCUGAAAGCAAAAAAUAAAGCAAAGAUGAUGAAUGAAUGACAAGAAAGAACAAAAAAUUAACAUUCAGUACACCAGAGUAAAUACAAGCCAGAGUUGGUUGUUAGUCUCCAGCAGCACAACAGCUCCAGACAAACAAUGAUCCUCAAAACUGUCCUGUUACUGUAGCUAACAUUACAACAACAGCAUAUCUUGGUUCUUUGAAACAUGGCAAAACCAGUGUUCUCACAUUUUCACGUACCUCUGCGUCUGUUUUCAGGCCUUCCUGCUUAGGUCUCUCCAGUGCUGGAAAGCUUUUCUAAUAUUAACACAGGUCCUAAAGCUCUUUCCUGAUCAUUACCCUUCUUCUCCCAUUGAUAUUCCGCUGACCUUUUCUCUUUUGUAAUGUCUCUCAGCCAUCUCUCUUUCUACAGUCAUUCUUCAAAUCUCCCUCUUGCUCUCUCUCUCCUCCCUCAACAUGAGUGGACACACCCCCUACUGCUGAUUGGCUACAAGAGUGUUGUGGUGCUCAGUCCGAUCCACUUUCAACAGCACUUCUCAGAAAUCACUUUCUGCACCUUUAAUGGAUCUUGAUGACAGGGUUCUUGAUGGUUUGGGUGAUAAACUCAACUGAACUUUCUGUAUAAAGAAUUUGUUUAAAACUAUUAUUUAAUUAUAUUCAAAAUUAUUUUUAAGCAUUGACAGUAAAGAGAAUGAAUGUUAUUGUCUUUUUUGCUUACAAUGAAUGGUGAUUUUAAAUAAUAAAAAUCUAAAAUUAA